AUGCUGUAUUACAGCCGCGAGCCUGCUGAGCCUCAACGGCCGCCAGCAGCAGCGGCCGCAGGGCAAUGGGAGCGUGUCAAGGCCUGGAGACCGCAGGAGAAAGAGGAGGGCCAGAUCCCGCCACAUCCCAGUGCCGGGCCCUCGUUGCUGCACCCUGCCAGCCCUCAACAGCUCCACAACACCCUGGGGCAGCUGCCGCUACUCAGCGCCUUGCUGGCAGAGCUGUCGGUGCUCACCCACAGCACUAUGCCUGCUGCUGUCCAUCCCCAUCUUGCCUGGCUCUACCAGGCCCCAGGGAGUGGUGACAUGGCCCCACAGCCCCCCAGCCCUAGCUGCUCUUCUGCCCUCAAGCUUUCAGAGGCACCUGUGGGGCCUGGUGGGAGCAGUGGAGCUGCAAGCCCUAAAUUCAAGCAAGGCCAGCAAGAGGCUACCUCACCAGGGUCUUCUCCAGCUGGGAGAGGACCUAAGAAAGCUGUACGCCAGGGAGAGAAAGGCUCUGAAAGGAACUGCAAAACUAAGGAAAACAGAUCUCCCAGAAAGAAAUUGUUGUACAGGCUGACAAAUACACUGAGGCUACGGCUGCAGCAGACCAACCCUGAUAAGCUGAUAAUUCAUGAAAGGAGAGAGCAGUACAGAAAAAAGCAAAUGGAGAUGCUGAAGAGGAGAAGCCCUUUAUCCAAAACAAAGCUGCUCAGAAAUGCUGGAGAACAGCAUGUGGUUUCUCACAGGCGUUGUAGCAAGGGAGAUAGUUCAAAGCAGAAUAAUCAGUUUGAUAAAACUGUUGAGACUUCAUUACAAAACAGUGCUCUCCUGGAGUACAUUUCUGUGACAGGAGAUGUGUCCCCUGACCUGCAGAAACAGGCUACUGCAAGUCUAUUGAAGAAUGAUGAAAUUGCAAGCAAGGAACGUCCAUCCAAAGCAACUACAGCCCCCUCACUGGACAAAACUGUAUUAAAAUCGGCUCACAAGGAGAAGGAUGCCAAAGCCCAACUCCCAGCAGCUUUCCCAUUAGAUACUAAUGCAGAGAGAAGUAAUGAGGAAGCAAUACACAUAAUCCAUCGUAAAACCACGGAGCGUGAUGAUGUGUCUGUUGUAAGUGAUUACAAACCAAGCCCCAGCAGGAGUGUUGAAAGCAGCUCUCAAUUCAUAUCCUCAGAUGACUUCAUUGCUAGUCCUGAGAACACAGUUUAUUCGGAAGAUUUUACCAGUGUUGAGUAUACGGGCAAGGACUCGGAAGCUCUUGACAGCAGUCCUGAACCUCUGCGGCUUGAAAGCCCAAAGCAAGGUUGGUCAGAUACAGAGCCGGAAUCCAGCAGGUCCAGAACUUCAAAGACAAGUCAAAGAGCUGAAAGUACUUCAGAUCUUCUGCCAGUUCCUUCAGCUUCAUCUCCAGUCCAGUGUUUGAAGAGAAACCGUGACUUAAAAACCAGCAAGAGAACUAGUGGUGAAUCUGUUGAUUCACUUAACCUUGCUCGAAUGGAGCCAUCAUUAUUAGAUGAAAAGCAGGAAGCCCAACAGAUCAGAAGGGGGCAGACCUCUGCAGGAAAAAGCCAGUCAGUAGCUCAGGUUAGCUCUUACUUGCCAUCUAAUGUGUCUGAUCUUGAACUUAGUGUUCUGGAAAACAGUAUGUCAGACAGAGAGGAUGAUUUUCUGGCAGAACUAUGUGUUCCUAAUCAAUACAAAGACAUCAGUGAACUUGUAAUAAACAAGCUUCCAGGAUACACAAUGUAA